AAUAUAUUUUUUUAGGGCAUAGUGGCGACGGGAAUUGGUGGUGUGGGACGGAAUUGAGUUAGACAGCUAUUUGCGUUAUCGUAGAGAGAGAGAACCGGAACAGGGGGUGUGUUUGUUGGGCAAACGAACACAGCACAGGGUGCGUGAGAAGCAAGCUGGCGGAAUUCAACAUGGCAUCCGGCGAUACGCUGUAUAUUGAGGCGGACGGCUCGGAGAUGCCGGCCGAAAUAGUGGAGUUGCACGAGAUAGAGGUGGAAACGAUACCAGUGGAGACUAUAGAGACUACGGUGGUCGGGGAAGAAGACGACGACGACGAUGAUGAUGACCAGCCGAUGAUAGCACUUCAGCCGCUGGUAUCAGACGACCCGAAUUCGAUCCACCACCACCAUCAAGAAGUGAUCCUAGUGCAGACAAGAGAGGAGGUUGUUGGCGGGGAUGAUUCGGAUAUGCAUGCGGACGGGAGUUACGAGGAUCAAAUCCUCAUCCCCGUCCCAGCACCCGGCGUCGAAGACGAGUACAUCGAACAGACUCUGGUGACUGUUGCCGGGAAAAGCUCGGUGGGUCGGAUGAAGAGAGGGGGAGGCGGCAGUGGCAAGAAAGCGGGGAAAAAGAGCUAUUUGGGUGCUGCAGAAGCAAGCGGUAGAAAAUGGGAACAGAAGCAGGUGCAAAUAAAGACUCUGGAGGGGGAAUUCUCUGUUACAAUGUGGGCUUCGGAUGACAAAAAAGACAUCGACCAUGAGUCGGUUGUUGAAGAACAGAUCAUUGGUGACAAUUCCCCUCCGGACUACUCUGAAUACAUGACUGGGAAGAAGCUGCCCCCUGGAGGGAUACCUGGCAUCGACCUGUCAGACCCCAAACAGCUGGCAGAGUUCGCCAGCCCCUUCAGUAACUCUGCGGGUCCCUAUGGUCAGAGCCCAGUGCGGAUGAAGCCGAGGAAGAUAAAAGAAGAUGACGCUCCUAGGACGAUAGCCUGCCCUCAUAAAGGCUGUACUAAGAUGUUCAGGGACAACUCGGCGAUGAGGAAGCAUCUCCACACCCACGGGCCUCGCGUGCACGUCUGUGCCGAGUGUGGCAAGGCCUUCGUAGAGAGCUCUAAACUCAAACGCCACCAACUCGUUCACACAGGGGAGAAACCCUUCCAGUGUACUUUUGAGGGCUGUGGGAAGAGGUUUUCUCUGGACUUUAACCUGCGCACACACGUUCGUAUCCACACCGGAGACCGGCCCUACGUAUGCCCCUUCGACGGCUGCAAUAAGAAGUUUGCCCAGUCAACCAACCUCAAGUCUCACAUCCUCACACACGCCAAAGCUAAAAACAACCAAUGAGAGCCCUCCGACCUGCCCCAAAUCCCACCCCCACAGCAGCAUCUUAAUGACACCACACGUCAACUUCCUUUGAGGAAAGAAACAAAUGGGUGGGGGGGGGGAGAAGAAUAAAGACUAAAGAAAUUCAGAAGGUACUGAAAUUCCCCCCCCCUCUUCUUCUCCUAUUGGAUAGGCUGACUAAAGUACAGCGGCACUCUUGGAAAAAUAAUAAACCCUCCUCCCACCCCCCUCUCUCUCCUCCCUUCAUAGUGGCAUCGUGUUGUUGCCAGAAAUAUGGAACUCGUGGACAAACAUCAGAGACUAUUCUUUCUACAAUGGAGCUGCGAGAGGGAGGGAGCAAUCUGUUUGUUUUCCCACUUUAAAUGAAUUUCCACUGACCGGUCUUCAUAUCUACUGCAUAGCUUUUAAUUUUCUAUUUCUCCAAGUGUGCAUAUUGUACACUUAUUUUGGGAUAUGUUCAGUAAGACAAUUUGUGAUUAUUAUUGAGAUCCGCUUACCAUAUGAUAGUCCCUCAGACAAGACUUACUGUACCAUCACAUAGCUUCAAAUAGUAUUUUCUGUAAAAAGUUUUGGUUUGCAUAUUCAUCCCUACUUUUGGUUGUAUUCCUUCUAACCAUUAAAAAAAAUAUUGUAUACCUGUAUUGUAUGGCUGUAUUGAAAUGAUGUAGACCUUGAUAGAGGUGUGAUUUAAAAGUGUUAACCAAUUUAACUUUUAGUCAUGAGUUGCUUUCUUUUAUAUGGAUUGUCCCCUUGCAGAGAAACGUGUCCCUACCGUUGAUUCACUGCGAGCCUGUCUCUGUUGGAAUACUGAAACACAUCAAAUGAAAUUGCCAGCGUGACCAUCAGUUUCUUUGUUAGAAUGUAAUGUACAGGCGUCCGUCAACCAUGAACUUUCUUUGUUGAUAUUUACACCCAUGUAUUUCAAUGGCCCACAAUAAAACGGUCAUCCCAAAUC